UCUCACCCUCCGCGGCCAUGUUGCUUUCCAUAGCCUUCGGAGGCCUCCACAUUACAUGCUCCGUGUUUACAGAUUUACAUACUCGUUCAUCCGGGUCAAAGCACUAUCGGAUGAUCUCCCAUCAAUCAUCAAGGCUCAAAGCGCUCAGUGUCCAGUGCAACACUCUGACCUCCCACCGCUUCUGUGUUACGCGCGCGCUUUUUCUCUGAUUUAUAUUGUUCAGUCUCUCAAGUAGGCAAAGCGGCAUCAAUAUCAACUCCAAAGCACUAGUGUAUAAAGCAGAAUCGCAUCGCUAUGAUUUAUUUGAAUAACUCGCGCUUGCUCCUGACUCCCCUGCCUCUCUAUCCGCAAUGUCGAGCACCUUUACAGCAUUCAGCAACAUCGCCUGGAACUCAUUUCCCGCCUACUUCGCUUUUGGCAGUACUACCGGAACCCCCACGACCCUCUCCGGCACUCGUUCCUUGUCCGACGAAAUGGAAGUAGAUCCUGACUUCGUCAUUGUCGAUCUGGGGCCCCAACCCGAUGAGCCCAUGGAAAUCGAUGAACUUGCCCCUGAGCCCAUGGACGUCGACCACAAUCUCGACACAACGCCUGAUUCCGUUCGAGCAGAGCGGGUAUACAAGGGCUUGCAGCAGUUCCAUCGUGAAGCACGCGAGGCAUGCCUUGCAGCACAGUCUCUCGUCGGUUGUCCAUUCGGGCAAGCCACCGUGGACCGUGACUGGGCGUCGCCGCCCGCUAGACCUACUUCCUUCCAGAUUCCACCCGCCGGGAAUCCAUCUGAGUUUUUCAACGAUAUGCCGCGCUAUUAUGCGGCUGGUGGACACAUUCCGGCCUCACGACUCAUUCCACCUCCGCCUGCCAAGAAGGCUGCUCGCGGCGGCUUGCCCCGGUACAAGACCCCUCCUCAACUCUCUGCACUACGCGCUAGACAUUGUCGUGCAAGCCCGAGUGUGUUUUCCACUCAUAGUUCUGGUGCCAGGACCUCUGAAAGCGAGUCGGACACCGCCGUCUCCCAAUCAUACGAGUCAGCUCCACCCCAAGGGCUCCUGCGGCCUCCUCAGCUGCGCCUCUCUCAAAAUUUGGAUCAUUCACUUAGACUCGGCACUCCUCCCUCUCUGGCGAGCUCCCUGGCUCGCUUGUAUGCACGAGAUGUCCCGCGACCACAGUGGCUGACGUGGCUUCGAAUUUGAUCUGCCUGACUUUCUCUCUUCGUGAUUUUGUAUUGAAGUAUCCACAAAUUUGUAAUUCCGUCGCUGUCGCCAGUGCUCUUGUACCUUUCCCACAAUUCGAUCGAUUGGCUGAUUCGGAUUUGGCGGCGUCUACAAAGUGAUUUGAUUAUAAACGACUGUACGUCUACAAUUCUACCAGCCAACUAGAUAAGUACAAAUGAGAUCAAAAUACAACAGCUAUCGUCCCGUCUCGCAGUGAAGCUUGUCGGGCCAGCGACCGUCAAACCAGCGUCUUAGGAGAGUAUCAGUGUCACCGAGAACCUUCUGGUUGCUACUGAGGUCAUCGUUCAAACAAAAGAGCGCAGUUUUCCUCUCUCGAUCGACGCGUUCCAGGAUGCGUUGUGCGCCAAGAACACCCUUCAUGCUCAUGAAGACCGUUGGGGAGUCACCGAUGACGUAAGCAUAUCGCUGUAUGAUGCGUGUGGCAAAAGCUCUGGGAUUGGAGGGUAGCCGCGGCAUCUGAUUUGGCAAUUCGAGAGGUAGUGUGACAGGGUCCUCCGGAGAUUCCUUGGCUUCUGUAUGAUCAGGUAGGAAUGCGCUCAGCCCUGACGUGGAUUUGCGUGUCAAGGAAGUGA